AUGACAAACUCAGAGGAGUUGGUGUGGGAUACCAGAAUCACAUGUGUCAAGGUUCCUGCCAUUGCAAGCUUGGACACACCCAGCUUCAGCACUGGGAAAUCUGGAGACAAACCUCGUCGCAUGACCUGCAAAAAGAAGCACAGCAGACAGCAGAAGAAUGAAAUCAGUACAAAGGAAUCAUCAGGAACAGCAAAUUACCUAAACACAACUGGCUCAAUGAAGGGCCAGAAAACAGUGUUCCAUCCUAAGGAACCAAACAGCUCAGGACAGCACUCUACACAAAAACUUGAACUCAGAAGAAAGGAUGAGAAUGAAGAAUUUCAGAUGUACAACUUGAAAGGAAGAAAGGGUCAGACAUACAAAGAGUUCAGUGAGACUGAGAAUGAUGACUACCUGUACUGUGAGAAGUGUCAGAUAUGCUUCCUGAAGAGCUGUGCUGCUCAUGGACCUCCCGUGUUUCUAAAGGACAAUCCAGUGGAAAAGGGACAUCCUAGCCAUACUCUCCUCAGUGUGCCUCCUGGACUUCGAAUUGGUCCAUCAAGCAUUCCAGAGGCUGGGCUUGGAGUAUUUAAUGAAGCAUCUGAUCUGCCUUUGGGGCUGCACUUUGGUCCUUUUGAGGGCAAGAUCACAGAAGUGGAAGAGGAAGCCACCAGUGGGUACAGCUGGCAGGUAAGAAGCACAUCCCUUUCCAGCAAGAGCAGGAACAGUUAUGAGUACAUGGAUGGAAAGGAUACUUCUUUGGCCAACUGGAUGAGGUAUGUGAACUGUGCCUGGAAUGAUGAGGAGCAGAAUUUGGUGGCCUUCCAGUACCAGAGGCAGAUAUUUAACCGCACCUGCCAGGUCAUCAAAGCAGGCUGUGAGCUGCUAAUAUGGUAUGGGUAUGAAAAUGGCCAGAAGCUGGUUAUCAAGGGAAGCAAUGAAAAGAAAAAG